AUGUUCUCGCUCAGACUCGCCCUUGUUGCUGCCACGGCCCUGGUUGCCCAGGUUGCCGCCGCCACCGACUACCCGAUCGAUCCCUCUUCGGUGCCUCUGUCUACCCGUCGGAAUUGGUGCUCAUCCGAGACCACUCAGUGCCCGCUAAUCUGCCUCGACACUGGCAGCAGCGGAAAGCCCCGAGACAACUCUUGCGAUCCCAUGACGCUGAACUAUGCCUGCGUUUGUUCCAACGGCAUCUCGCCCAACCUCACCGAGUACUCCCUCACCAUGCCCUACCACAAGUGCACACAGUUCCAAGUCAACUGCGUCGCUGCUUGCGGUCUUUCCGACAACCAGUGCUCAGAGAACUGCAGGAAAAACAACCCUUGUGGUGCCGCCAGCCCCAAAGGUGCCAGCAGCGCCUCCGGAUCCGCCGCCGCCGUCCCGUCUUCCACCUCUGCCGCCCCCAACACUAUCCAGACUGGCUUUGCCGGCUCCGGCAGCAACAAUGGCAACGCUGGCUCGGGUGCAAACAUGGUUGCCCCUCUGUCUUUGGGUGCUGCCAUCACGGCUCUCCUUGUUGCCCCAUUUCUGGUCCUCUAG